UAAAAAAACUGUCCACCUCUUCGAUCUUCAUGGUCCUUCCACCACCCUCCUCCUAAAAAACCCACCAAAAAUCCAAAAGAAAAAGAAAAAAGACAUGGAAAAAUGCUGAAGAAAUUCACAAAUCUCGCCUUCCAAUGGCGGCUCUCUCUCCUCUCUCUAACCCCUCUCAUCCUCUUCUUCUUCCUCCUGACAAACUCAAUCUACCUCAAUCAACUCUUUCACAAUUCAACUCCAUCUCCUCCUCAUCAUCAGAUUCUCAACAAAAAUUCAGACCUGAACCAGACGAGGAUAGCCAUCUGUCUUGUCGGUGGUGCCAGGAGAUUCGAGCUGACGGGACCGUCGAUACUAAAGAACCUGUUGGAGGAGUAUAAGAAUGCUGAUUUGUUCUUGAAUGCUCCUUUGGAUGGAGACGCUUAUAAGUUUUUUUUGUUGAAGAGAGCUCCGAGGAUUGCAGGUGUUAGAAUUUUUGAACCGGAAUUUAUGAAUGAGACUCAGGCGCAGAUUCGAGUGCUCACCGCCGAUAACUCGCCUAAUGGGAUUCAGGGCCUCCUUCAGUAUUUCAACCUAGUAGAAGGCUGCCUGAACCUAAUAACCUCCUACGAGUCUAAACACAACUUCACCUACGACUGGAUCGUCCGUACCCGAGUCGACGGCUACUGGUCCGCUCCUCUCAGCCCUGCUGCUUUCACCCAUGGUUCCUACCUCGUCCCCGAAGGCUCUCGGUACUCCGGCCUCAAUGACCGGCUUGGCGUUGGUGACCGCUCCACGUCGAUAGCCGCGCUGUCGAGAUUGUCGCUUGUCGAUGAGCUCAAUGUUGCGGGAUACGAGAGGUUGAAUUCGGAGGCAGCAUUUGAGGCGCAGUUGAAUGUGUUGGGGGUUAGAGGGAAGGAAAUGCGGUUUCCGUUUUGUGUUGUGAGCGACCGGCAGUACUCGUUUCCGCCGGACAGGUACGGAGUGCCAGUAGCAUCCAUGGCAAGCAAAGGCCCUCUCAGCGGAGCAAAAUGUCGACCAUGCAAACCAAUAUGCAGAGGACAAUGCGUAGCAAAAACCAUGAAAGAACUUGACAAAAACUGGAGCUGGACUGAAUACAAAAACGGAAGUCUAGAUCUAUGCAACGCAAGUGGAGAAUGGGAAAAUGGAUGGGAGGAAAUUUUCGAUAGAAUCGCUGGAAAAGACGCAGCGAAAGAAAGGAUAGAGAUGAAAGAAUUAGAUGUGAAGGGAUGCGUAAAAAAGUUUCAGGCAAUGAAGCGGAGAACAGAGAGAUGGGAGACCCCGGCGUUAGUGAGGAUUUGUCGAUUGGGUUUGGAGAGAUUUGAGUCUUCGACUCCAUGAUAAUAAUCUUAGAAUGCUAGUGGUUCAAAUUAGUUUUCUUUUCCCUCAACUUUUGUCUUCAUUUUUUUUGUAAAUUGUUAUAGUAUUGAUAGUUUUUGUCGUAUAAAAGAAGGGUUACCUGGGGAUAGACCACUUGUACUAUUGCCCAAUUGCGAAUAUUG